AGAAUGGCUCUCGGAAAUGGCUCAGUCGUGACUGAAUUCAUUCUCAUGGGUUUAACAGACCGACCAGAGCUCCAACUCCCCCUGUUCUUCCUGUUUCUAGUAAUGUAUGUGGUUACUGUGUUGGGAAAUUUGGGUCUGAUGAUUCUAAUCAUGCUGAAUUUACACCUACACACUCCCAUGUACUUUUUCCUCUUUAACUUGUCUUUCAUAGACCUCUGUUACUCUUCUGUGUUUACACCCAAAAUGCUGAUUAACUUCAUUUCAAACAAGAAUAUUAUCUCCUACAUGGGGUGCAUGACCCAGCUCUACUUUUUCUGCUUUUUUGUUAUUUCUGAAUGUUAUGUGCUGACAUCAAUGGCCUAUGAUCGCUAUGUGGCCAUCUGUAACCCACUUUUGUAUAACUAUGUCAUGUCACCUAAAGUGUGUUCCAAUAUUAUGCUCGGUUCAUACUUGAUGGCGUUUACUGGUUCUAUGGCCCACACUGGGUGCAUGCUGAGACUGACAUUCUGUGAUGUGAACACCAUCAACCACUAUUUGUGUGACAUCCUCCCAGUGCUCAAGCUCUCUUGCACCAGCACGUACAUCAACGAGCUUGUAGUUUUCAUUUUGGUAAGCGUUAACAUCACUGUGACCAGUCUCACCCUCUUUGUCUCUUAUGGCUUCAUCAUCUCUAGCAUCCUACGCAUCAGCUCCAUGGAGGGCAGUUUGAAAGCCUUCAGCACUUGCAGUUCCCACAUACUUGUUGUUUCUCUCUUCUUUGGAUCAGGUGCAUUUAUGUAUCUCAAACCAUCUUCUACUAGGUCUCUGGAUGAGGAAAAAAUCACUUCUGUCUUUUACACCAAUACAGUUCCCAUGAUGAAUCCUUUAAUCUACAGCCUGAGAAACAAAGAUGUUAGAAUUGCCUUGAGAAAAACUCUAAAUAAGAGAAGGUUUUGA